AUGGUUCGCCGUUUCCCAACUGUUGCUUCUGAAUCCGCUAAGGCUAUUCUCGGUGAAACUUUGAAGUUCCCUAGUGGAAAGAUCGCUCAGAAUCGUUUCUUGAAGGCUGCUCUAACUGAAAUGCUAUCUGUCUUCGAGCCAACCAAUCCUAAAGUCAAUGGUGUCCCAACUCAAGAAAUCAUCAAUGUGUACGAUAAAUGGGGAAACGGACAGUUUGGAGUAAUUUUAACGGGAAACGUUCAAGUGUCACCAGUUCAUCUGGAAGCUCCAGGAAAUGCAAUGAUCUUCAAAGAAGGCGAGACUCCCGCUCGUCGAGAAGCUUACAAACAAUGGGCAAAAGUUAUCAAACAAGAUGGAGCUCUAGCCGUUGUUCAGCUUUCUCAUGGAGGACGACAAACUCCAAUUACAGUCAACAGCUCUCCAUUCUCUGCUUCUGAUGUUCAAUUGGAUAAGGAAGUUCGUUUUGUUGGAUUUGGGAAACCAAUUCCAUUGACUGUUGAGCAAAUCACAACUGAGGUUAUUGAUCGAUUUGUGUAUGCUGCCAAAUAUGCAUAUGAAACUGGAUUUGAUGGUGUACAACUUCAUGGAGCUCAUGGAUACCUCUUGGCUCAAUUUACUUCUCCAACUACUAACAAGAGAACCGAUCAGUAUGGAGGAUCUGUUGCUAAUCGCCAGAGAAUUGUAUUGGAGAUUUAUGAAGCUAUUCGAAAAGAAAUUCCAGCUUCUACUGGAUUUUUGAUCGGACUGAAAACGAAUUCGGUUGAGUUCCAAUCAGAAGGAACUACUGUAGAGGAUGCAGUUGAGAUGUGCAAGGCUUAUGAAAAAAUUGGCUUUGACUUUGUGGAGUUGUCCGGUGGAACUUAUGAACAAUUGGCUUUCCAACAUAUCAGAGAUUCAACAAGACAGCGUGAAGCAUUCUUUUUGGAGUUUGCGGAGAAGAUCCGUCCAGUUUUCAAAAAUACAGUUGUCUACUUAACUGGGGGAUUCCGCACUGUGAAUGCAAUGGUGGAUGCUGUGAAAUCUGGAGCAACACAAGGAAUUGGAUUGGGUCGUCCUAUCACUGCUGAGCCAGAUCUUCCAAAAAAAGAUCCUCCAAGGAGCUGUCGCCUCAGCUGUUCAUGA